AUGAUUGAAGGCAGGGAUGCUAGCAGCAAGGACCCCAAAGAAUUAUCAGCAUUGGGGCCCAAACUUCCUCCCAGGCUGGGGGAAACUGUGACACCGGGGCUGGCAGACACCGGACAUGACCGGGACUUCAUUUGGGAUGAAAUGUUCAGGCAAAUAAAGGUUGUCCAGGCACGCAAUGAAUUCUCCUGCCCGCCCUGCCCCAAGAGCUGGAAGGCCUUCCAGGGUUCCUGUUACAGCUUCUUUUCAGACAACCUCACCUGGCCCCAGGCCAAUGAUUCUUGUGCCCAGAACCAAGCUCACUUGGUUAUCAUCAACAGCCGAGCAGAACAGGUGGGAAACGGAAAGGACUUCCUGACAUCAACUAACCAGGCGACAUCCUGGAUAGGCCUCUUCAAAGGUGGCCAAGGAAGUGCCCACAGGUGGAUGGAUGGUUCAGCCCCCACCUACAUAAACUGGGACUCCAGGAAAUUGGAUGAUAAUGGAACCACCCCAGCCUGUGUGAUGAUGCUUUACCAGGGACACUAGAGCAACUCCUCUUGCAAAUCAGAGUCUCCUGUUUACAUCUGUGAGAAGAGGCAGAGCUGCUGACCUAGGCCCCUACCCGGUAAGAUUGAUGUAAACCUCUUGUUGUGCAUCCCCAACCUCCAUCCCUGCCCUCUCUGGGCUCUGAAUCCCCAGAGGCAACA